AUGAACUCUGCGCUAUCCGUCGCUACCAUGAAGGCAGCCAGCAACUACCACACGGUUCUACUUCAGAGCCGAAAAUGCCGCAAGAAGUCACGACUCGGCAUACUGCUGACAGCGGCAGUUGCAGCAUUUGCCAUUUCAACUGCGCAAGACGUAAAUGGUUUUACAGUCGAGGAGGCAUUAUUUACAGCGGGUGGAGGAGAAACAAAGGAGUUAGGCAGGUCACACGCCCCUACGCAAGAAGGCCUCGCGAUGGCAUUUGCUGAAGCAAAUCAAGAAAAUGCAGAUACUACCACUCCCAAUGAAGAACCUGAAAAUCCAGAUGAAGGGGAUAGUGACACCGAUGACAGUGAAGAGGAGUUGCCCCCUCUAUCCCCGACCGUAGAGAAAUUCGACGAGGCGAUGAAACGCGCCUGCUCGCCGAGCAUAAAAGAAAGCCUCUUCAAAGACCUGGAGCAAUCAGUUCUCGACGCAAUGGGGGUUAUGGACCGCUGGAUGAAUAGCGUAUUAGGAGCAAUGACAACUCUCGAGUCAGAUUCAACAGCUCUGUACGCGUAUCUAUCAGGAACGGGGAGUUUGACUGAUGUCAUCAAAAGCAGUUGCCUCUUCGGCUUGUCCAUCCUUGCAGGCAUCAUAUUUGCUUGCCUCGUUAUAAGUUACCAAAGACAAGGCGUACAAGGUGCCAAGCAGGCGUAUUGCCAAGCAUAUGUCUUUACUGAUGAAAUACUUCGUGGAAGUGCAUCACUGGGUACAAACGAUACUCGAGCAGAUGCGCCGUUACCGGACGAAUUUGAAGGAUUACUGCCUUUGGUUGAAUCUGUGGAAACUUUGGCGCUGCUGGUCGAUGGAACGAAUCCGAACAAUAUUCUUGAGUUGUCCAAGCAGGCGGCAACUAACGCGCUGGAUGUUGUCGCACUAACUGACGAGAUGGAAAAUACCAUAAAAUUUGUUUCCGAUUCAUGCAUCUCUUUUUAUGCAAGUAACUCGCUCUCUGGGUGUUCCCACAAAUCCCUGUUUUGUGAUCUUCGCAAAAGUCAAAGUUCCGCCUCGGGGCUGGUCAGCAUUGAAAAGCGGAUGAGCGCCUCAGCUAAGGAAAUCAUUAAACUGGAGCCUAAGAAAUAUGUGGACGAGUUAUUUGACGGGGUGACGCUUCCAGCUCUAAACAUAGAAUCGAGCUUCCCCACUGAGAGUGUCAAGAAGCUAUUUUUUACUGUCUUUGACGUCCUAGGAGAAUCUGAGGAAACAGUCUCAAAGGUGUUGGGAUGGCUCGAAGUCGCUCUUUGUGUAGACUGUGCUAUUUACUUGGCCAUCCUGUUGAUGGUAGUCCUCUGGCUUGCUUGGUUUUUCUUCCGAGGAAGGAAGACUCAAAGCUUAAUUCCGGCGAUCUUCUGGAACAUCUUAGCGUUGAUGGCUGUUAUACUUCUGGUAGUUGGUGGUCUCUUAGGAUGGACCACGACGCUUGGUAGGCAAGGUUGUUCCAUUCUGAUAAACAAUUGCUUAGAACAAGACCAAUGGGACCUGCUUUCUGACUACGCGCCCGUUGUUGAGCCGCUAAUAUCCCAAUGCCUGACAAAGGAAGGAGAUGGAGAUUUGCUCGCUGGAGUCGGGGUGGACGCGGCUUACGACGAAAUGCUUGGCACACUUCAAGAGACACUUAAUGGCUUCCCCACCAACAUAAGUCCUCUGGAUAAGGACACAUCGAAACUGGCUGAGAAUUAUCUCAGUGAGGCAACCGUGCGUGGCUCUAUGGUGGUUGCCGACCCGGAUUCCGUACCUGAGAGCAGAAAGAAAGUCUUCCCCGAAUUUUUGAAGAGUGGUAUGCAACUACUGGACGCGGAGAUAGGGGGAGAAACCAUCUACGGACUUGAAACACUCGAAAGCCUUGUUGCUCCAUGGAAACUGUCCGCUCUUCAUCCUGAUGAGGCGGCAGACGGAGAGUUCAUUGUGAGGGAAGACAACCCAAACGAAGCAGACCCUAACUUCAUCAAGUGGCUAGAAGACCUUAAAGAGCGGAAGAUUGAAGAGCUCACUGCAGAUGGAUUGAGCCAAGAGAAAGCAGAAGCAGAGUCCGAGCUCUUCAAGGUGCGGACGAAAAAUGGCCUUUGGUGGCUCCAACAAAAGCAGAAAGUGCUGGAUUUGGAGUAUAAAUGCGAGCGCGAAGAUGGCACGGUGGACGUUUGUGGGUUCGCUGAAAUGUUUGGACUCAAGGAGGAGGAGCAGCUUGCCUCCUCUAUGUACAAUAAUCAGCGUGAUGUUGCGCAAACAUACUUACGGAUCUCCUCGUGCUUCGUCAACGCAGUGACUGACUCAAUUGGCGUGAUUAACGAGAAUGUUAUUUUUCCUCUGGAACGCCUCAAGAAAUCUUUAAACUGCCGCUUCCUUCGGCGUAACAUUGUUCAAAUGGCCGCUGUAGCUAUGUACAGAGCACUCGGCGGUGGGAUCGCUUGUUUGGUUGUCCUAGCUCUCUUCAUGUUUUGGAGCAGCCUCAAAGGAGACAAGUCCGCUGAACGAGUUGCAGGCUCGAAUGCGUAG